AUGAAAAUAAGUUCGUCAUUAAGUAAUAAUGCUUGUUCUUCAUCAUCAUCCAUACAUUCCGCAUCAAUCGACACAACUUACAACAUUCCCAUGAAAGAUAUAACACGUCCAUUACCAUCAACACUUGACGAGAAGAAAGUUCAAUCAUUGAUGGAAACUAUUCAAACAACCGAAACUGAUCAAGUUCCGCCGAUUGAUGUGCUUUGGUAUGAAGCACCUGAGUCCAAGAAUAAUUACUUUUUUGCCAUGGGCGGUUGUCAUCGAUGGGAAGCGCAUAAACGCUUAAAUUCGAAAACUAUUCGUGCUAAACUUGUUCGUACGACGUUGAAUGAUUUAAGAAUCUAUUUUGGCUCAUCGUUACCUAAUUUAAAAUAA